AAGAUGCUAAAGUUUAACUUUUAGAUUGAAUAAACACAUCUUCGUACCAUGAUGGGCCUCCAGCCUGUUGACCAAUGACCAAUAAAUGUGAUCGGAUCAAUUGUACCGUUGCUCUGUGUGUGUGUGUGUGUGUUUUGAGGUUCUUUAUAGCUGGAGAUGUUCCACAUUGGGAUGUAGGUCAAGGAGAUACAGUGGCAGCAGAUUGCUCAUUAAGUGCCAAACCAAGCAAAAGUCUGUGAGUGUGUUUUUCAGUGGCAUCAGGUCGGACCAUCUGCUGCCUCCUUUAUUCACUCAUUAACACGUCUCCUUUGUGUGUGCGCGGACGCGUGCGCGGACUAUAAUAACCACCACAACAACAGCGCAGGCUGGUCAAGUGCACAACGUCACUCGUGUUGUUGUCACCCAAGCCGGUUUUGUGUGUCAGACUGGACCCGGGCUGUGAUUUGUCAGGGGCUUGAGCUAAAAAAGCUUGGUGCAAUCUGUAAUCUCACGAGUUUCUCUGAGUGGCGGCGACCAGAGUGGAUCUAAGAGAGAAGAAGAAGAAACCACCAGGAGAGGAAGGAGAAGAUGAAAACAAGAACAUUUAAGAGACGCCAUAACCAAAGAAAUGAAGAUACAGAGUUUGGAUGAAUGUGUGAAAGUCUUGAGCUUUAAACUUCCAGAGACCAAACUCAGACCAAAUUGAACGCCUUGAGUUAAAAAAACAAACAUCAGCUGUAUUGUUGAGAUGAAGCUGGAUAUUCCCGCACCAGGAGACAUGAGCAGGUGGAGGGAGUUGGACUUCGCCCUCAACUGCACCUACAUAGUACCGGACCAGGUGUCGGACCCUGUGUUCAGCCUGCCCAAAGCUAUGACGUCCAUACCUCGUAACCUCACGUUUGAAUACAACAAAGAUAAUGAAGUAACAGGUGUGUUUAGCAAAGAGUACAUCCCUCAGGGAACACGCUUCGGCCCCCUACAAGGAGACAUCUACACCAAAGACAACGUUCCCAAACAGGCCAACAGGAAAUACUUUUGGAGGAUCUACAGUGGUGGUCAGCUUCAUCACUUCAUUGAUGGCUACAACGUCCAGAAGAGCAACUGGAUGCGGUACGUGAACCCGGCCCGUUCCACGUCGGAGCAGAACAUGGUGGCGUGCCAGAAUGGCCGGGACAUCUACUUCUACACAGUCAGACCGGUGGAGACCAAACAAGAGCUGCUGGUGUGGUACAGCCCGGAGUUUGCCCAGAGACUCUGCAGGCAACAGGAGGACGUCAAACAUGAGCCCCUCUAUGCUGAUGAAGAAAAAGAAACAGAGUACAUCAAAAAUCUACCUCAGCGGAUGUGGCUCAAAGAAAGCACAAAAGAGGAGGUGAAGGAGGAGAAGGAUGAGGAGGAGAAAAUUGACGUGGAGAUGUUGGAGAGAGACACGCCUCCUGACACACCUGAGGAGCAAAUCGUGGACUUCAGUAAAAAGGUUGAAAAAGAAGCGAGAUGGCACGGAGCUCUACAGGAGCCGGAAAUCGUUGACUCCUCUCAGACUAAACACAGAGAACCACGUCUUGCUAUGACUCACGCGUAUAUACCAGAGCGCCUCCCUGUCAUCUCCUCAUCAAACCGAAAUUUGCCACUCCAUCUCCACGGCCUCUAUGGACACAGGGAGGGCCUGGUGUCCUCCUACCCUAUUUACCAGCACUCAGCCCCCAGAACCAUCCUCCCUCAUUACCAGAUUCUUCAGCCCUAUGCAUCACACUAUCCAAGACACCUGCUUCCGUCCUACUCCCCUCCUUUUCCCGAAAUGCUGCCCUCAAGAGGGUUGCCACAAUAUGGCGGCUACAUGGGAACAGACGGACUUCCGUACCCAUCAAUUGGCGCGCAGAAUCUCGUCCCCGUGUCCCUACCUUACCCCCCAUCACUUCAUGGAGGCCUGAAAGAGCUGACACCCAAUGUGUCGCCUCCACGAGGAGCUCCAGCCACACCAGAGCUUUCUCCGGUUCCUAAAUCCAACAGCCAGCAUUUGUCCCCUGAGCAGCCUCAAUCUGGCUGCGAGGAGGCCAUGAACCUGAGCUUGACUAGAACCAAAAACAGCCUAAUUGCGUCAAGGAACGGACCAGGCCACAAAGCCCUCCCUUACCCACUGAAGAAGCAGAAUGGAAAGAUUAAGUAUGAAUGUAACAUCUGCUCGAAGACCUUUGGACAGCUGUCUAAUCUCAAGGUCCAUCUGCGAGUGCACAGUGGUGAGCGACCAUUCCAGUGUGAUGUGUGUAAAAAGAGUUUCACUCAGCUGGCUCACCUCCAGAAACAUCACCUGGUGCACACUGGCGAGAAGCCACAUGAAUGUCAGGUGUGUCACAAACGCUUCAGCAGCACCAGCAACCUCAAGACUCACCAACGCCUUCACUCUGGAGAGAAACCCUACCAGUGCAAGCUGUGCAGCACCAAAUUCACCCAAUACAUCCAUCUUAAACUGCACCGCCGCCUCAACAGCUGCCGAGAACGCCCCUUCCGCUGCCAUGUCUGCGCACAGGCCUUUAUCCACCGCUUUUCCCUCCACAUCCACCAAAGCAGCGGCACCUGCCCGACCAACUCCAACUCUGCUGUCAACGAGCCCAUGAAAGAGAUGGUGGAGCGAUUCGACGCCAGCCAGGAGGCUGACACACUUGUAGAAACGGCAUCAACCCAGCAGGUGGCGGCAGCAGUGGAGCGUUGGUUGGCUCAUACCUUAGAAGGCGAGGGGAAGGAGGAUCAGAAGGAGGCCGUGGUGUUACUUAAAGCUCUCACAGCGGCUUUAAGCCCUCCGACUGCCUAUCAGGAACGGGCAAGUGUGGUUCAUCUCCACAGACGUCCAAAGACUGAAAUACAGUGACGAGUUAAACACAAAGUAACGUCAGCGUAGAAAUGAAUAUCACCAAACAAAGACCACAGAGGAGAUAACAAGGAAUAAAGCUGACAUAUCUACUGAGCCAAGACCAAAAGAAAAGUAAUCCAAAGACUACACUUCCUCUUAGAACUGACUUUAGAUCAGUGUUUAUCAAAGACUGGCUUGGGUCCCACAGACAGGUCACAGGAGAUUAUCACAAGAUGGUAAAUAAGGCUGAGUAGAGGGCUCAAAUAUGUAAUCAUGUUUUAAAAGUGGGCUGUUGUCCUUGAAGAUUUGUAUAACACUGGUUUGGGUGAAGGAAGAAAUUUACAGCUGUGAAAUAUUUAAAAUAACUCAGGUAAAAAAAAAGUCUUUGCAUUUCUGUGCUUUAAUUUAUUGCUUUUUUUUUAAAUAAUUUGAGUCUUGAAUCUAUUUAUUUGGUUAGUACAUUGUUAAUGUUUGCUGUUAGUGCUGUUUUUCCCUGCUGGAAGACUGAGGAGAUUGGGUCUAAGGUAUGUUAUAGUUUACUUUGUGUGGAAGUGAAUUGAGUGAAAGAGAACAAUAUUAGCACUGAUCCACUGGGCACAAAACUGUUGCUUUAUUGUGUUAUUUAUUUUUUAUUUAAAAAAAGGGACAAACAGGUAUUUUGACACAAGGGACUUUCGUAUUUAUUUGCCAAAAUUACAUAAAAGAAAAGGACGUGUAGAAAACAUCCACUUGGUUUGACAGUUAACAACUCGAUUGAUUAACUGUUUUGGUUAUUAAGGCCUCAGACCAUAAACUGCACUAAAUAAAAACCAAAUAUAGCUUAAAAAAAGAUUAACAGCACUUGCUACUAGCUGUGACUUUCUUUAUCGUUUUCCAUUUCUGUUCACAAGGCUUUACUGCAAAACUUUAUCCAAAUGUUAGUUCGGGUACUUGAGCAUUAGAACAAAAGACAUGAUGUUUGGUUUUCUACUUGAAAUAGCACUGAAAUAAAAGAAUGGAGCCAGAUACAUCUGCUAAUGUUGUCACCUGGAAGCCAGGGAGAUGAAAUGCUUUGUUUUUUAACUACUGACUUAUUGUGUGUGUGUGUUUUUUUUGUCAAUGUGUACUUUGUUUCUUGACUUUUAUAGCGUAAAUAGUUUAUUUUUUCAAUACAAGAUGUAAGAAGUUAAGAAUGUAUACUGUAUGUCAGAGACUAUUUUGAUUAUACUUUUAUAUUUACACAAUGUAGCACAUUAAAGCUAUCAUUUCUACAUA